AUGCAUGAAAACAACUGGAGGACUGGUUACAAGAAUAACGUUCCUCAUGAAACAAAGGUUAUCAAAAAAACGAAAAAAAGUCUGGCGUGGAGAACCAAAAAAAAAUUGGCGAUAAUUUAUUUGAAAAAAUUUUUGGGGUUUUUGCUAUCUACUCUUGGUUUAUUCAUUUUAUUAACAUCUUAUACAAUCUUUGGAGGUUUUCUAUUUCACAGGAUAGAAAGUUCAAAAGAAGUGCAAACUCAACUUGACGUGAAAACAUCGCGCGCUUAUCACGUUGAUAAGCUGUGGAAUACCACAAAGUCAAUGAAUAUAUUGUUCAGACAAAACUGGAGCAACGUUGCAUCAAAAAUAUUGCGCAAUUAUACAAUGUUUGUUUUUAAUAUAACAAAAUGCGAUGGCUGGAAUGGACAGGAUAGGAACGAAUCAGCAGAACUGCAGUGGAGUUUUACCGGCUCCAUGCUCUAUUCCGUCACCGUCAUAACGACAAUAGGAUACGGCCACAUAGCUCCAAAAACUGAUGAAGGACGCGUUGUCACCAUAUUUUAUGCCUUGGUUGGCAUUCCUUUGUGUAUUUUCUCUGUCACUCACAUAGGAGGAUUUAUGGCCACGAUUUUUAGAUUUUUAUAUAAAAACAUUUUUUGUGGUCUUUGCUGUGUUUGCUUCAACAAAAUGAAAAGACAAAAAUCUUUCUCGCGAGAACCGUCAAAAAAAGAUGUUCCCAUUUACGUGAGUCUCUUGCUAAUUGCAGGUUACAUCGGUCUCGGUGCUCUUCUAUUUGGAUUGUGGGAAAAUGAUUGGAACGUACUGAUCGGUUCAUAUUUCUGCUUUAUAACGUUGUCCACAAUUGGCUUUGGAGAUUUUGUUCCCGGCGCAAGUUUAGAUCCAUCUUCAUCUCAAGAAAAACUGGUUUUAUGCACCUUAUAUUUGAUAGUUGGCUUAGCUUUGCUGGCAAUGUGUUUUGAUUUGAUGCAAGAAGAAGCUAGAUGCCUUUUAAAAACUUUUGGAAAAAAAAUUGGACUGAUUAACAGUGAAAAAAUAUAG